GAUAAUAUAUAGUCUAAUAGAUAUCUUAGAUAUGAUAGGAUUUACACGAUCACGUUAUUGUAACAAAAAGCAAAUUAUGGACGGACCAAAAUAUAGCUAGGCAGAUAAUUAAUAUUAACCUUCCAUAACAAUUAGGGGGGCAUAUACUUUAGUGGUUAAAUUAAGGCUUAAAUUUGUCCGAUUUUGAUGGCUUGCCCUUUUCAAAUUAUAAUGAAGCUAGUUCAAGUUGGAAAGAUCAAGUCUUAAUCGUGAAUUGUUUUGUCAAUAUAUAAUAAUAGGAAUUAUUGAAAAAUUUCAAGAGUUUUAAGAACCGUUCGAUAAUUGUUUCGUUUUUAAUUUUUAAAUCUAAUUAUACAUAGUCAAAUAUACAAAUAAGGGUUUUAUUAGUGGUUGAUUACUCUAGCGGUUGUGGUAUUUUUUUUAACUCACUGUGUCCUAUGUUCUAGCCAUCUCCCUUCCCUUUAAUGCAUAUUAGCGUAGAAUAUUUUAUUUGCGUGUGUGUGUGUGUAUAAGCUCUACUAUCAGAUUCCUGCCAAAACUGAUUCAAGCCAAUAGUACUGAAACAAAGCACGUAACUUCUUACGAACAUAGCUUGAGUCAGCAGAUAGAGAAGUCUCAACUCACGCCAAUAUCUAAGUUCCUAAACAAAACCCUUUAGCCAGCGUGAUGAAGCUCACUUGUGCCACUUACAUAUAACAAGGUAGCCCCAUUUGUGGAAGAAAAAAAAAGAAAAAAGAAAGAGAACCAGAGAAUGAAUUUAAUAUUUUGAAUAAUUCCCUGUCUUUUUCUAUGGGUUUGGUAUCCCUCUCAAACCAACAAUUUGAGGAAUCUUAUCUUUAUUAUUUUUCAUUGGCUCCAGCAUCCCUUUGACUUCGGCGCAUAGCUUCUGGAGCAAUAUAUAAAUUUUUAAGAAGUUGAGGUUUCAUCAUAAAAUCAAUUAGUAAUAUGAAAGUAAUUUAACUUCUUAUGAGCACAUACAAGGUUUCCUCCUAUCGUUAAUGUGAAAUUUUUCUCAACAUACGCGUGGACAACGCAGAUGGAUUGACAUUUAUUCUCAGCACACUUCCUCACAUAUAGCGAAUUUUCAAGUCUAACGCUUGUACAACACAAACGGGAUGACUUCGAGGGCAUGUGGUAGUUGACUUCACAUGUGGGUCAACCUGUUAUGAUACCAUGAAUAAAGUUGAGGUUUCAUCAUAAAAUUAAUUAGAACAUAGGGAAUAGCCCAACUUCUUAUAAACACAUGUAAGAUCUCUCUCAUUAAUGUGAGAUUUAUUCUCAACAUGCUCUCUCACAUAUAGUAAAUUUUCAAGCUUAACGGAUGAACAACACAAACAGAGUGACAUCUAAUUAAAUCAUUUUAGAUGGAAAUAAUAUUAAAUUAGUACGUGGCUUCUUCGGAUUGCCGGUGGGCAAGAAAGUCCAAUAUGAAUGAUGAAAAAGGAAAAAAAAAAAAAAAAAAAAAAAAAAAAAAGAGAAAAAAACAUAGCACAAACAAGAGAGGGAGGCUACUGUUUCGUUGAAUCUGUCAAAGGACCUAUAUUUCAAAACUUUGAAGUAGAAGCAACUCGUAUGUUAAAACAAAACAAGAAACCUGACUCUUAUUCCUUGUACUACUUCCCCCAUAUCCUUUGACGCUCCAGUCUCUUUGCUGAGCUUUUUCCUCCAACAUCCAUCAUGCAUUCCCUUCUGCUCCAAUCGUUGUUUCCAUUUCUUUUGAUCGCUUCCUUCCUUUCGAUCAACGUCAAGUUAAGUCUAUGCCAGGAUGAUGCACAAUUCACAAACUGCGGUAGCUCUAUCAAUUGUGGUGGCGUCGGAAACAUCUCCUACCCCUUUUAUGGGGUAAACAGAGCUACUUACUGUGGUCAGCCAGGGUACGAGGUCCAGUGUCUGAACAAAGUCCCUGUGAUCAACAUGAAAGGUCUGAGCUUUAGAAUUCUUGAAAUGAAUUCUACUACUACUCCUCGGACUGUUACAGUUGCUAGGCUGGAUUACUGGAGUACUAUCUGUCCUCCGACUUUCGUCAACACCACCCUCAACUUCUCUCUGUUUGAUUAUGGCUCUGGUUAUACAAACAUGACGUUUUACUACCAAUGCAAUAUCAACAACAUAGGGCUUAGCAAGCAGUGCAACAUAAGCAAUACAGUGAGCACUGUUUUCUAUGUGCCAUUUCCAACGGUUAAUCAGCCAUCUUACGUGAGCUGUACAGAUGAGGUUAUUGUUCCAGUUUAUACAGCAGCUGCUGAGGCUAUUGUGGCCAGUCAAACAACCGUCAGCGAUGCGGUAAACAGGGGCUUCCCUUUGGAAUUGCAGAUUAACACCGAUCAAUGCAACAAAUGUGAGGAAUCAGGAGGACGGUGUGGGCUUAACACUACUACUAAUUCCGGAUUCAGCUGCUUUUGCCGAGAUCAGGCGUAUGCAACCAUAUGUUAUGAAACUACUAAUUCAAUUCAACCCGGAGGUGGAGGCGGAGGCGGAGGAGGAAGCGGAGGUACGUUUGUCCCUUUGUCAUUCUCUUGUAAAUUACACAUUUGGAACUCCUAG